GUGACAGAAUAUGAACUCAACUGAAGGAGACAUUUCGGCCACUCGAAAAUCAUCAAGGACUCGACUAAAACGUGACUUUGGUACCGAUUUCAUAGACCCAACAACUGUUCGGAUAUCAGACAAGACUAACAGAACAUCAGAUGUCAAGAGAAAGAGCCAAACUCAAAGUCCUCCUUUAAAUUUGGAUGUAGAGGAGAUCAAAAAAGAGUUAGGUGAACCGAUUCAAGUAGCAACGGACAAUGUCAGAAGAAGUGACCGUCAAGUGAAGCCAUCUGCCAAAAUGGUUCUUGUCGCGGAAUGUGCAAAAGAAAUUAAAUUUGAUGUUAGAGACGAGGACCAGGCCUACAACUUUGACGAUGAGCCCGAAGAAGGAACUAGUAGUUCAAAUAGUUAUGUUCCUACAAACGUCAAAGUGGUUAAACGAAAGACUCCAACGAUGUAUGCCUAUUCUGGAUCAACUAUCGAUCAUGAGAAAAACAAACCGAAAAAAGCAAUUAUUCAACCACCACCACUGUUGGAAAUUUAUUCUCCAGUUGGGCUUACCGCAGAAGAAGAACAACGUUUAAAUGAUGAAGCUCUAGCAAAAGUUGCUGUAAUCCGCGCCGCAAACGUACAAAAAAUAUUGGAAAAGCGAUCACUAGGAAAAAUAUCCACUGGUGGGCAAGCAGCGGCACAGGAUGAAGAAAUCUUCCGUUACGUGACAUCAAAUGGAAAUUCAGAGUUAUUGAACAAAAUGCCAAAUCGAGGGAGUUUUGCAAAAGGAAUACCAUUGAACAAUAAACCGGCAACUUCAUCUUCCAGUAAUCCGAAAUUCGUUCAACUGAUGAAUCGGACAAUUGCAGUUCCGCCAUCAACAUCCAGUCGCCCUCCAAUUCCGAUUUUUCCGGUAGUCACUUCUGCACCUCGUCCUAACCAGCGACCACUUCCACAUAUGGCACCUAAGCUUCCAGUCAAAGUAUUCAUUCCAAGUCUAGCUCGAAAGAUUAAUUCAAGUGCCGUUCCAUUGCGGGAUCCAAAAAUAGAGCUGAAAGAUCCAAAAGCAGAGCUGAAAGACUCGAAUACAGUAUUGAAGGGUAUAACAAUAAAACCCCGGUUCGUUAUUGAAACACCUCGACCACCUUUCAAAAAGCCAAAGCAAGAAGAACAAGAACAUACAAAUGGAGAGAAAAAGCCUGAAAUUCUUGAUGAACCAAUCAUUCAAGAUGAACCACGGACCAUGCGUCCGCAUGAACAUUGUGCUAUCUUCAACAACUUAUCUACACCCAAACCACGGCAUGGAGAAAACACAACUAGUAUCAGGACAGUUACAAUCAUGCCCAAGUCAAUGCAUUUGAAUAAAAAUGGAGAAUCAGCCGGACCAUCACUUUUUGCUACCAACAAAAGACCACCGUCACCGCCUCCGGUACCACAGCCGCCUCCAAUAAAAAGAACUGAAAAUAGGACGGUUGUGUACAAGGGAGCAGACGGAAAAAUGCUUGUAAAAAAUAAGGUAGUCGUUGUCAACCAACACCAAGCUCAGGAAAAGCCAGCAAAUUCAACAGGGUUUCCACGACCUAUUAUCCCGAUUCCUUGGCCAAUAAGAACUCGACCACUAAGCGAUUUUGAAAAGUACCAACGGGGGAAAAACAAGUCAUAUACUACGCUUCCAGACAACGUUGCGUCUGCAAAAGUUGUCAGAAGUGUCAACAAACCUGUUGAUUCGCAAUAUGUUCUGGCAUCGGAUAAAAACAUAAACUUACAUCCCAACCAACCGCAGCUUGUGCUCCCACUUCCACAACCAAUUGAAGAACAACUACAAACAGAAGUGAAGGAAGAGCCAAAGGACGAAGGUGUCAAAGAAGAGCCAUUGGACGACUACGAGCAUGUUGACAAUGAUCAGGAACAAGAAAAAACGGCAUCAUCUACAAGCCCAGUAAUUACAAGUAUUGUCGUACCACGACCUUCAAAAGAAUACAGGAAAAGAAGAAUGCCGGAAGUUCACUACGAAAGAAAAAGUGCAUCUCCUAGGCAAAUUUUUCUUGGAGCAGAAGAGCCUAUGAAGGACUCCACAAUUUACCAAUUAAAACGAUUUACCGUUGGAACCAUCAGUCUUACCGAACAGAAAACUGUGGAACGGAUCAAACAAGAAAUUCCUAGCUCAGAAUGUUCAACUGCGUCUUUAGACGGUGACGGCAGAGAAAAGUCUUUUGAAACUGGAAAUGAUGAAGUCAUUGAUGCUGAGCAAAUUCGACAGAAGGAAGCACUCGCUCAAAAAAUCACAAUCAAUGAAUACAAAAUUUUGGACUAUAUGAAGUCGGAAGACUUCAAGAAAUGUUUACCGUUGGAGAAAGAAGUUACUGAAUUCGGAAAAGUAUUCAUGGCACCCAAUGUUCUUGCGAAUGUUCCUGAAUUUAGUGAUUCUUUAUAUUGGUCUAAACCAGAUCUUUAUAUGGACCUUACGCGCAUUCAUCGCAUAAAAUACUAUGAAGCAAAUAAAACAAUGAAUGGAUAUCCGAUUAAGAGCACAAAAGCACUUGGACCACCACAAUUUGAAAAAACAAAGCCUCCAGUAAGGAUGAGUGAUGCGCCAGUUUCUGUAAAAGAUGUUGUCAAUAAGUUGAUUCGGAAGAAGCCUCGAUUAGUUGAAGUUGUCUGGAAUGGGAUCACUACUCAAGUACCAGAAGAGAUUGUAUGUCACUUGUGUUAUGACUUGAUGCGACUAUGCAUGAGACGAUCCAACUAUCGAGGAGAGAUGAGAGAAUAUCCUGCUUACAGAUGCCUUCGAAAAGGAUGUCAAACUUUCCGCUCAAUUAAGAAACAGAUUGAUUUGAAUGUCAAACAAGGGAAACUGUAUAGCCUUGGUCCUGGAGAAGCAUCAACUUCAGAUCUGAAAACAACAAGUGAGGAGAUUGUGUAUAUGAGACCUAUCACUGCCCAUACUCGGCCCAGCGCUCGUGAUUUGUUUGAGAAGAAUAAGUCGGAGCCUUCUGAAUCAAGAUAUAAAGUAAAAACAAGGGAAGAGUACAUGAAAGAAAACGACGAAGAGGAAGAAUUGGCUGGAGAAACUGUUAGUUUCGAAUAUUUCACAGAAAAUCAUGCGUAUCAAGACCCGUUGGGCCGGUAUUUGGAAGGCUCUAGAAGUCCAACACCAGAUUGGGAAGACGACAACGAGAGUUCGAGUAGUAAUGUGGUUGAUUACCGUUCACUGGCCAAAUACAAUUCGAAACAUUUGCCAUCAAGUUUGCUCGCCGCCCAUGGUAUUCAAAUUGAAUCACAGUUGGUUAAGGAGGUAAAAAUCGAACAAGAAAUGUUGAUGGAGGAGAAGAAACCGGAAUCAUUGCUCUUGUGAAUAUCAGAUAAAACAUCCUACACAGUCACCCUCCAUUUCAAUCUUCAAUUUGAAUUUUUCCUCAUUGAAUAUAUUUUGCAAAAUUAGCUUGUUCAAAAAUUUCUUGCUCUGUAUUGUCAUGUCAUAUUAUUUCAAAUUACACUUGUACUUGAACAAAUUAUUUGUUUACUCUUUUCAUAAAGUUUUAUCAAUUUUU